GUUAUUGAGUCGUUUUGGAAAGAGGGGCUUAGCGGGUUUGGGAGGCGGCGAUUGCCAUGACUGCCCAAGGGGGACUGGUGGCCAACAGAGGUCGGCGCUUCAAAUGGGCUAUUGAGCUGAGCGGGCCUGGAGGAGGCAGCAGGGGCCGAAGUGACCGGGGCAGUGGCCAGGGAGACUCCUUGUACCCAGUGGGUUACUUGGACAAGCAAGUGCCAGAUACCAGCGUGCAAGAGACAGACCGGAUCCUGGUAGAGAAGCGCUGCUGGGACAUCGCCUUGGGUCCCCUCAAACAGAUUCCCAUGAACCUCUUCAUCAUGUACAUGGCUGGCAAUACUAUAUCCAUCUUUCCUACCAUGAUGGUGUGUAUGAUGGCCUGGCGACCUAUACAGGCACUUAUGGCCAUUUCAGCCACUUUCAAGAUGUUAGAAAGUUCAAGCCAGAAGUUUCUUCAGGGUUUGGUUUAUCUUAUUGGGAACCUCAUGGGUUUGGCACUGGCUGUUUACAAGUGCCAGUCCAUGGGACUGUUGCCUACACAUGCUUCAGAUUGGUUAGCUUUCAUCGAGCCCCCAGAGAGAAUGGAGUUCAGUGGUGGGGGAUUGCUUUUAUGAACCUGAGAUAG